AGCGAACUCAUCUGCGAGUUGCUUUGAUGCUCAAUCGCACCUCCGUCCUCGCCGAACUGAUGAAAACGGUCACAUUCGGAUUAGAUUAUCCGGAGUUUACUCAAGAGGAUGCGGAGUAUCAAAAAGCCGUGAACACAAGGUACUAUCGCGGGCUCACCAUCAAUGGUGAAAAAAAUGCGGAUUGGUUGCGCGAUGCAAAUUCCAGCCAUGCAAAUUCCAGCCAUGCAAAUUCCAGCCAUGCAAAUUCCAGCCAUGCAAAUUACAGCCAUGCAAAUUCCAGCCAUGCAAAUUCCAGCCAUGCCGUCUUUCGCGGCGAAGGUGGGCAGAGACCGGCACAAGUAGCCGCCUAUCAUGGCGCGCUGGAAAGCCUGCUAUGGCUUCAGAGCGAUGAGCCAUGGAAAGCGGUAACAACUUUCAUUUCAAACGACCCUACCAGCAAAAAGGCCCGCUUUUUGGAACAACACGGCUUCGUGCCUCACUUCGAGAAUGGACUGGGACUGGCAACGAAUCUACUCCCGCAUACUUGCAUCCAAGGCUGGAAAGAUACCAUGAUCCGCGACACCAGAGCCAAAGCAAUGACCUACUUCCUUUCUCGCCCGUCCGCAGCUACCGCCAGGACUGACGAAGGGUUAACGCCUGCCCUCUUUGCGGUGCAGCAAAGUAAUCGCGGGGCAAUUGAAUACCUUUUAGAAGAAGGUGCCGACUUCUCCACGAGGGACUCUGACGGCCGCAACAUUCUGCACCUACUGUUCCAGCUCUCCGCCAACAACGAGUUUAUUCAUCAAUUGACCAGGCGGCAGCUCCGCGGGCUCCUCGACCAGGAAGAGUCAUAUAUCCGUGAAUAUUUCUGCUUGCUACCAACAGAUGUCGCCACCGCAGCCUGGGCGCAGCCUGGUCUCAGCCUGGUCGCAGCGACAACGCGGCACCCUGAUGCAACCGCUCGCAGCCUGGAUCGCAGACCACGACCGCGUCGGAAUACACCUGUCCGCCUUCCGCUUCCUCAUCUCGAUGUCCCGCGGGGUGGGAUUAAUACAGGCCAACUCGGAGGGCAACCACGCUAUCCACGAGCUCGCGCGUGGCGGCCAGGUCUCCGCAAUCAAGCUCCUGCUAGAUUUACACCCGGAGGCUGCGUUUGAAACCUACGAAAAUGGCAAUGGAUUUACAGCGGGCGAAAUUGCAGAGGCCUUGUGGAUACGUAGUAAGGUUGGCGGGGCAUUUCCGGAGGUCUCUGGGGAGAUAGAGGUAUCCUGGCAGCCAGUUUAUGAGCGGGAUAUAUCAUACUUCGACAAAGACGUUGAUUGGGAGGAGAGAGAGAAUGAGGAUGAUGAUGAUGAUGUAGGAAAGAUAAGUGUUGAUGAUACUUGGAGAUUGUUCAAGAAUAUGGCGGGAUCGCGGGGAAGAUGGCUUUGUAAACUUCAGACGGCAGCGAUAGUUACGAGGCACGUAGCGCAGGAACGGACAGCGCUGUAGGGGUGUUGACACAGCGGGAGGGGAAUUUUCCGGAGUUUGGUAGGGGUCGUCUAGCAUCUACGGCCAUCGGAACUGGCGAUUAAUUGCAUAAUUGAGU